AUGCAUUUUUCUACUUCUGUUUGGCUGUCGCUCCUGCUUCCAGCCUUGGGAGCUACCGCCCAAGCGGUUCCCAAGCAUAACUAUACCUGCACGAGCUUCAUGGUCAAAGUGCCAGUGAACAACGUAACGGUGAUCGUCCCGCCGUUCACAGAAUUUCCAAAUCAAUAUGCUGCCACGGCAUUUGCCAACCAAAUCACUCUCCGGACGCCCUCUACUCCCAAUCUCAACACUACCACACUGACAAAGACGUUCAAUAUCAGUGCAGAGUAUUGCACUCCAGCCAUGCCCGGACCCAAGGCUUCGACCUUGCACAUUCUCACACACGGUCUCGGGUUCAACCGAAGCUACUGGGACUUUUAUCUACCGUCAAAGCCUAAUGACGCUCAAUACUCCUACGUCAAUAGCGCUACGGGUGCGGGAUACAGCACGCUCUCCUGGAAUCGUUUGGGCAUCACACCCUCCACGGUCGGAAACCCAUUUACGGAGAUCCAAGCCCUUGUUGAGCUCGAAGUGCUCGCUAGUUUCACGACCCUCGCUCGCGCAGGGAAUAUUUCGCAAGUCCCUGUCCCACAGAAAGUCAUCCAUGUGGGCCACAGCUUCGGUAGCGAGUUGACGGCGUCUCUCGCCUCAGUCGCUCCAGACCUCACCGACGGCGUGGUGUUGACUGGCUACUCCGCCCUCGGUAAUUACGUCCCUCUGUUUGUGUCCAACACGGCGCUGCACUUUGCCAACACGAACCAACCCAAGCGCUUCCCUAACAGCACUUACUCCUCCGGCUUCCUCACCUGGCCAGACCAAUACGGCAACCAAUAUUCCUUCUUCGCUUAUCCGUACUUUGACCCCGCCGUGCUCCAGUUCGCGGAAGCAACCAAAUUCCCAUUCACGUUUGGCGAGUUCCUCACGAUGUCAACCUUGCCCGUCACCGCGCCAAACUUCAAGGGUCCGGUGUUUUAUCUCGCCUCGGUGGAGGAUUUGAUCUUCUGCGCUUCAAACUGCACGGGCCUCUUUGGUCCCGGCAGUGCGGCGGUGCAGUCGUUCAACGGGAGCAGCGACGUCGAGACGUAUCUUCAGCCGAAUGUGGGCCAUGGGCUCAAUCUGCAUCACAAUGCCACGGGCGCCUAUAAUGUGAUUCUCGAUUGGGCUAACAGACAUGGAUUUUGA